AUGGAGAUGCUCGGAAACAGGAGACGGCGUGCCUCCCUAGAAUCAGGCGAUGAAAGUAAUCGCGCGUCCAAGAGACAGAAUUGCGGCCGGCACUUUGCGACGCUAGCAGACCGCGUCUCUGGGCUUGAACAAAACAUCAGGGAUAACUCCGUCAGCACCAUCAAUGACAUGCAGGAGAUCCGCAACAUCCAAGACCAUUACCACGAGGAGAUGCGAGUCUUGAAGAGCAGAAACGCCACACUCCAAACAUGGUUCUUCGACCUUGAAGACAAGGUGGAGGCAUUGGAGAAGGCACGAGAGCGGACUGCCAGCCCUCCUCCCGUGAAGGUUCAGAAUCACAAUCAUAUCCACUUCGACUUCCCCUCGCAGCUCAGCCUCGAGUUGAUACCCCACACCAUCUACAGUGCAGUCUAUGAGGAUCUGGCAGAACGCGCCCGUCGUCCAAAGCUGGAACAGACUCGCGAUUUUUGGCUUUUCGAAGGGAACGACAACUGUCCCGACUAUUACGUUCGGACUGGUGGCGCUUCAUUGUCUCGUAUUGCGCCUGCGCCAGACGAUGGUAUAAACAUUGAAUAUGCCGCGGCCCAUCCUAAUCCUUAUCAAGCGAGUCUGCAGGCUCUUGUGGCAGACGAUAUGCCAUAUCCUAUUAUGAAAAUGGACUACCGGACCUUGAACUACCAGACCUAUGUGGCCGAGGACCAGGAGGGCUUCUUUGUCGAGCUGGACGAGGUCUACGAGAAGGAGGGGUGCCUUCAACCCAGAGUCUCUUCAACCUACUUCCAUCUGUUCGUGAGAGUUGACGACGCAUCCCACGCUCUUUGGGCGAUUCGUCUGAAGCCGCACAUGCCGAUAAACCGCCCGAGAUCUGAUUGCACCUCGCUUUUGCAGAGUUUCGCGGGCGGUGUAUGGGAUGGCUCUCCAAAGUUCCGGCGGGCGGAUCCUCCGGAGUUGGAGCACGCGGUUGCAAACCCGGCGUAG